CGCGCUGCAUCCGGGCGCUCGCCGCCGGCCGUGCUGCGCCUGCGCAGAGACGUCCCAGCCCGUCGGCUCUGAGGUGCAGCAGCGGAGCGGAGACACCGAAUUUUACCCCCCGGGACGCCGCCCGCUAAGAUGUUCGCUUGCGCCAAAUUCGCCACCUCGCCCGCCCUGAUCCGUGCUGGGUCAAGUGUCUUGUACAGACCAAUUUCGGCAUCUGUGUUGUCUAGGCCAGAGGUCAAGAAUGGAGAGGGCAACUCAACACUUAAUCGGGCCCAAAAUACUGUCUCCCGACUAGCACUUAGAGAAUUCCAGACUAGUGCUAUCAGCAGGGACAUUGACACUGCUGCCAAAUUUAUUGGUGCUGGUGCUGCCACAGUAGGUGUGGCCGGUUCUGGUGCUGGUAUUGGAACAGUCUUCGGUAGUCUAAUCAUUGGUUAUGCCAGAAAUCCUUCUCUGAAGCAGCAGCUGUUCUCAUACGCUAUCCUGGGAUUCGCCUUGUCUGAAGCUAUGGGUCUCUUCUGUCUGAUGGUUGCUUUCUUGAUCCUAUUUGCCAUGUGAAAGGAGAUCGGCCUGUAAUAUUGGCAUUGGAAUGUAACUGCAUUUUAUGGGACUCCCAAAAUGUUGGUGUCAUGGAAAUUGAUGCUGUUUCCAAAGUCAUUUCAUUAAAGAUAACAACUUUAACUGUCAA